AACUACAUUGAGAUCAUGCCCAGCGUAGCCGAGGGGGUCAAGAUCGGAAUCCAGGAGUGUCAGCAUCAGUUCAGGGGUAGGAGAUGGAACUGCACCACGGUCAAUGACAAUCUGGCUAUCUUUGGACCAGUACUAGAUAAAGCCACCCGGGAAUCUGCUUUUGUCCAUGCCAUUGCCUCAGCUGGAGUGGCAUUUGCCGUGACACGCUCCUGUGCCGAGGGCUCCAACACUAUCUGCGGCUGUGACUCACACCACAAGGGCCCACCAGGUGAAGGCUGGAAAUGGGGAGGCUGCAGCGAGGAUGCUGAGUUUGGCGUACUGGUGUCCAGGGAGUUUGCUGAUGCCCGAGAGAACAGGCCAGAUGCUAGGUCUGCAAUGAACAGGCACAACAAUGAAGCUGGACGAACGUCAAUACUGGAUCACAUGCACCUGAAAUGUAAAUGUCAUGGUUUGUCUGGGAGCUGUGAAGUGAAGACCUGUUGGUGGGCGCAGCCAGAUUUCCGGGUCAUUGGGGACUAUCUGAAGGACAAAUAUGACAGCGCCUCCGAGAUGGUGGUGGAGAAGCACAGAGAGUCCCGGGGUUGGGUAGAAACCCUUCGUGCAAAAUAUGAGCUGUUUAAGCCCCCAACUGAGCGAGACCUUGUCUACUAUGAAAACUCACCAAACUUUUGCGAGCCGAAUGCUGAGACAGGAUCCUUUGGGACCAGGGACAGGAUCUGCAAUGUCACCUCCCACGGGAUUGAUGGCUGUGAUUUGCUCUGCUGUGGCCGUGGACAUAACACCAGGACGGAGAAACGCAAGGAAAAAUGUCAUUGCAUAUUCCACUGGUGCUGCUACGUCAGUUGCCAGGAAUGCAUUCGAGUGUACGAUGUACAUACGUGCAAAUAACAGGACACACAAACACAAGUAAGA